UGGCGUAGCAAACAGUGAGAGACUAAAAAAAAAGUCGUUCAAGAUGAACGGCAACGUUGUGAACUGCUUUUCGGGCGCCCGUCGUGCGUUGUUGGCGUAAUCGAAGGUGUGCGACGAGACGGCGGGACACACGUCGUAAACUGGGAGAGGUUUAGAAAUAAGAAAAUAGUGCAAGAGAAAAAGUGUUGUGUAAAACUGUAAGCAUUAAAGAGAAUCGAAUUAAGACAUCGACAGAAGAACGAUGGAGCGAAUGGACGUGGACGAUUCGGCGGUUGUGGACCUAAGUCUCGGUUCCGGUCGCUCGUCGCUAACGAUCACCCCGUCCACGGCGCGCGAUUUGCGGGCGCUAGCGAAAAACUCUGGUCUCACCAUCACGCCUGCCCUGCCUCCGCUCGGUGCACCGUCAUCCGGUUCGAGCAGUCUAAAUAGCAGUUCCUCCGGUGUCGCUGGAGGAGUUGUCAUCGAUGGCGGUAAUGGAACUCGGGGAAUGGAAGGUGGCAGUGGAGCCGGCGGCGGUGGUGGUGGUUGCGGUGGCGGUGGUGGUGGUAGAAGUACCUCACCACUUCCGGGUCGGCGUGUUUUGCGACCCCGCACAGAAGUGAAGUCUUACGCGGAAGUUCCGGACAUCGUGUUACUGCCGGCGAAAGUGAACGGACGAUCGCAGAACGGCGGUGGAGGGGGUGCUAACAGCAUCUCCGGCGGCCUUUCCGAAUCCGAGGACGAGGAAAUGCCACCGAUUUAUCCGAUUAAGGAGCUGACACCCGCGGAAAUUUGUGAACGCGAGCGCGGUCUCCGGAAGUUGCGCGAGGAGCUGCGCAGCGAGGAAACAAAGUUAGUGCUACUGAAGAAGCUUAAGCAGUCGCAGCAGGUGAUGAUGAAGGAGAACCUUAUCGUGACGCCGAGCAACGUCAACCUAGCGACCAACCCGCUGGCAUCGAUUCCUGCCGCCCUGACGAAGGGUUCACUGAGCGUCACGCCGACCAAUGCCGUGCCACUGCCUGCGCACUCGAAGUCUUCGUCCAACAAGCCCAUCUCUAAUCCUGUAAAUAAUCGAGGCUCACCGUUAAACAUUACACCGGUUCCGAAGGGCGCCGGCUCCCAAAGACCAUCGUUGCCGGGCGGAGCAACACUGACACCUAGUAGCCCCGGACAGCGCUUACCGAUUGGCUUAUCUCGGGCCGGGUCAAAUCUCACUAUUACGCCGUCGGUGACGAUCACACCAACUAAUGCGCCCACCGCGGCCAUGAAGCAGCGAAAUGUGCAAAAUUUUUCGCAGCUAAGUAGCUCAGUAUCAAUUACGCCAGCUCCACCGAUACCGGCACAAAUAAGUUGUACCACCGUCGAACCGGUUUCACUGAAGCGUGACCGGGAACAAUCGAUCCGAGAGGAUCCGCAGAGCCAAGCGCAACGGCAAGCCUCGGCAAAACUGGCCCUCCGCAAGCAGCUAGAGAAAACACUUCUUCAGAUUCCGCCCCCGAAACCGCCACCACCAGAGAUGCACUUCGUGCCGAAUCCGAGCAAUAUCGAAUUCGUCUACCUGCUGGGUCUCGAGCACGUGGUUGACUAUCUGACGAAGGAUAAGAAACCAAAUCCACCGCAGCAACCGUACCGCUGCGCGCAGUGCAAAAUCGAUUUUACGCCCGUCUGGAAAUGGGAAAAACAGGGUAAAAGAGGAAAUCCCACUUUUCAGAACAGUCCAGUUGGUAAGGAGCCGAAGGUUAUUUGCGAGCAGUGCGUGACUAGCAACGUGAAAAAAGCGCUCAAGGCGGAACACACGAAUCGCCUAAAGACGGCCUUUGUGAAGGCCCUCCAGCAGGAGCAGGAGAUAGAAGCGCGGUUGGCCGCACAGAGCAGUCCAUCGCCGGUAGAGAUCCAUCCAACUCCAUCGGGGACACCCGGUCUUCGCGAUCAGCGCGAUUUGCUUGAACAGCAGCAGGUGCAGGCUCAACAGGCCGCCCUCCAGCAGCUGCAGCAGCAGCAACAACAGCAACAGCAGGCGGCCGCAGCGGCAGCAGCAGCCGCGGCAGCUGCCCAGCAAGAGCGUCAAGAACGAGCCGAGCGUCAACAGCGCCAAAAAGAGCAACAGGAACAGCUACGCCAGCAGCAGGCACAACUGCAGCAGCUUCAGCAACAACAGCUUCAGCAGCAGCAGCAGCUCCAGCAACAGCAAUUACAGCAGCAAGCUCAGCAGCUGCAGCAGCUGCAACAGUUACAGGAGCAGCAGCAACAACAUCAACAUCAGCAUCAGCAUCAGCACCAACACCAGCAUCAACAUCAACAUCAGCAUCAGCAGCAACAGCAGAGCCGCCAUCAUCAUCUACAUCAGCUGCACGCGGCCCAUCUGCAGUCGCAGGUCGCUCCUUCGAAGUCGAAAACCCCCACACCGACCCCUCGGCCGACGCCGACGCCACCGAACCAGCACCAGACUCCACCCCCUGCGUCCAGUUCGCGCUCCAGCCGACACAGUGCAACCGCGAACGCAACCGCCGAAGCGGCCGCUGCCCAGCUCAGUGCGUUGGCCAACCUUGGCGGUCUCGGGCAACUCGGGGCACUGGGUAACUUUGGUAGCCUGGGCAAUCUGGCGAAUUUAAGCAACUCGACGGCGGCCGCAGCGGCCGUCUCAGCGCUCCAUCAACAGCUCUUUAGAGGACUUCAGCAAAACCUGCAGGCCGGUAACCUGAACAAUUUGAACAAUCUGAACAAUUUGAACAACCUGCAGGCUCAAAUGAUGCAGUUCUCACCACUCCUGUACUCGUACCAGCUCGCGAUGGCCCAGGCAGCGGCGUCUCUUUCGGCAGCUGGCAAAGGUUCAUCGAUUGCUGACAUGCAGCGGGCGAUGGAGCUGCAGCGACAGUAUCAGGAGAUGCUCUCGCAAUCCGGGCCCGGUCCGAGUAAUAGUCGGCAGAACAACUGGAAGUCCUAAAAUCAUCCCGAUCCCCGAACCCACCUAACGCGGUAUAUAUAAAAAAACUAUACAACAAAUUGGUGAACCAGAAAAGAUUCACAUCGAGUAGUCCUUGAAAUCACGUCGGCACGUCAAGGCAUUCCCGGCAGCAGCAGACCUACGGGAACAAUCGAAAUCUACAACCCAGCAACCUUUAAACAACAUCAAUAUAAUCCGGUCCGGCUGAAAUGACGGAUUUGGCGAGAUGAUCGUUCUCCGAAGAUCCUCUUCUUCGUAACGAUCAAACUCCAAGUGCUGUCGGUUUAAUAGAAACAACCUAAUUUCUAUCAGAGGAAGAAGGAAUUACGUCCUUCGGCGAUGGCGACUUCAGACGACAGACUGACAGGCUAUAAUAUGCUAAGUGUGCGUUGAUAAAAGUGAGUGCUGUUUUAGUGAUAAACAAUUAUUUUUACCUUCUCA